AGAAUCUACAAAACUACGUGAGAAUCUAGGUCUGUGGUGUUGAGUACUAAGUCAUAGUAAUGGGAAUUUAAAAUUACAAACUUUGCAUAUUUUUCUAGUGUAAACAGUGUUUAAGGUAUAAGCCAUGGCCGGGGAAGCAGAUCCUCCGAAGCCUUACCAACACAAAAUGGCGAAAAUAUACCCACGGAUAGACUGGUCUGGUCAAGCUACCUAUCCGAAGAACGAGGUGCCUAUGGUCCAUCCCAUCAAGAAGGUCAUGUUCCACUUCAACACUGACGUGGACGUGUGUACUAGCUGGAUUGACUGUAUUCACACAAUGCAAGUGCUGCAGAAACGGCACUUACUCGAAGGAUCUGAUGACAUAAAGUUUAAUUUCUUAAUAGGAGGGGAUGGCCAAGCAUAUGAAGGAAGAGGAUAUGACUUCAAACCCUGCCCAAGCCUACGUUCUCUUAUCACGUAUCCUUGGCCUAUCAAAGGCGAGGAGGACUGGGAACGUAUGGAUGUAGCUAUCAUUGGGAGAUACGAGUCAUAUGAUGAUGUUCCCGUUCCCGUGCAGCUUGGGAUGUACGAUGUAGUAGAGCUUGGGGUUAGAAAAGGAAUCGUAGACGAGUUUUACUCGUAUUACGAAAUAAGGAACGAAGAACCUCCCCUGGAAAUUCCAGGAUACAGAGCUGACGUUCCUGCAACGAUCGAUGCGGAAUACUAAAUAUUGUUAAUUAGAUCAAGUCA